AAGCCACCUUCUCCGGGUGCUCGGCAGUGCACCCUGCAGACAGUGGAGAGUGGAGUCUUGUGAGUAAGGGUCUCCUGCAGGGUGUUACUACGCCGGUCGGAAACCAUGGCAGACAAACGGGAUCCAGCCAGCGACCAGAUGAAGCUCUGGAAGGAGCAGCGGUCCGCGCAGAAACCUGAUGUCCUGACCACAGGGGCUGGUAAUCCCAUAGGAGACAAACUUAAUGUUAUGACAGUAGGGCCGAAAGGACCCCUUCUUGUUCAGGAUGUGGUUUUCACUGAUGAAAUGGCUCACUUCGACCGUGAGAGAAUUCCUGAGAGAGUGGUGCAUGCAAAGGGAGCAGGAGCCUUUGGCUACUUUGAGGUCACACAUGACAUUACCAGAUACUCCAAAGCCAAGGUGUUUGAGCAUGUUGGAAAGAGGACUCCCAUUGCAGUUCGAUUCUCUACUGUCGCUGGAGAGUCAGGCUCAGCUGAUACUGUUCGUGACCCUCGUGGGUUUGCAGUGAAGUUUUACACCGAAGAUGGGAACUGGGAUCUUGUUGGAAACAACACACCCAUUUUCUUCAUCAGGGAUGCCAUGUUGUUUCCAUCCUUUAUCCACAGCCAGAAGAGAAACCCUCAGACCCACCUGAAGGACCCAGAUAUGGUCUGGGACUUCUGGAGCCUCCGCCCCGAGUCUCUGCAUCAGGUUUCCUUCUUGUUCAGCGAUCGAGGAAUUCCAGAUGGACACAGGCACAUGAAUGGAUAUGGAUCUCAUACCUUCAAGCUGGUUAAUGCUAGUGGAGAGGCAGUUUACUGCAAGUUCCAUUAUAAGACUGACCAGGGCAUCAAAAACCUUCCUGUUGAAGAAGCAGCAAGACUUUCCCAGGAAGAUCCUGACUAUGGCCUCCGAGAUCUUUAUAAUGCUAUUGCCACGGGAAACUACCCCUCCUGGACUUUUUACAUCCAGGUUAUGACAUUCAGUCAGGCAGAAAAUUUUCCAUUUAAUCCAUUUGAUCUUACCAAGGUUUGGCCUCACAGUGAUUACCCUCUUAUCCCAGUUGGUAAACUGGUCUUAAACCGGAAUCCAGUUAAUUACUUUGCUGAAGUUGAACAGAUUGCCUUUGACCCAAGCAACAUGCCUCCUGGCAUUGAGCCCAGCCCUGAUAAGAUGCUUCAGGGCCGCCUUUUUGCCUAUCCUGACACUCACCGCCACCGCCUGGGACCCAACUAUCUUCAGAUACCUGUGAACUGUCCCUACCGUGCCCGACCAGCCAACUACCAGCGUGAUGGUCCUAUGUGCAUGUUCGACAAUCAGGGUGGUGCACCAAACUAUUACCCCAACAGCUUUAGCGCACCUGAACAACUGCAUUCUGCCCUAGAACAUGGCUCCAGAUAUUCUGUAGAUGUGCAGCGUUUCAACAGUGCCAAUGAUGAUAACGUCUCCCAGGUGCGAACUUUCUAUACUAAAGUACUGAAUGAAGAGCAGAGAAAACGUCUCUGUGAGAACAUUGCUGGCCAUCUGAAAGACGCACAACUUUUCAUCCAGAAGAAAGCGGUCAAGAACUUCAGCGAUGUCCAUCCUGACUAUGGGGCCUGCAUUCAGUCUCUUUUGGACAUAUACAAUGCUAAGAAGUCUCAGGGUGCAAUUCAUACCUACACACAGCAUGGGACUCAUCUGGCUGCAAAGGAGAAAGCAAAUCUGUGAGGCUCAAGGGGCCUUUAUCACUGUGCACGUCCUCCCACCAAUGAAGCCCAGUGUGGUAUACACACAUGUCACCCUCUGUUCACCAACUUGCUCACAGCUGCAUAGAAAAUUCUGGAUGGGAGAUUCUUCUGUGCUUGGUAUAAAAAUGCAAGUUCAUGUCUUUAAAAUGAUAAUCCAAGUUUCUUUAGCAAUUAAUGUAAGCAUGGCUUUUAAUACUGUUUAAGCAUGCUUUUUAAUACCUAGGGAAAACUGAUGGCUUGGGCAUUAACAAUCAUUUAAUAGAAACAUAUUUGCUUUUGACAGUUGGCUGGAUUAUUCAUUUCAAAUGAACAGAAUGAAAGCUUGUAGCAUAUGAUUUUAUCCGAUAAGAAAAAAAAAAGUAGUGAAAAUAGUAUGUUUAUAUCAUCUCUUGUUGAUUAUAUAAAACAUGGCAACAAUUACCUAAGGAAAGGUAAAGAUAAUUCACUUAGAAAUUUAAAUUUUCUAAAUUAUAGAAAAGAUAUUUAAUGAGUCUUAUCUAUCUAAUAUAAUUUCAUUACCAUUGUGACUUAAUAAUUAUUCCUUCUUGGAAUUGAUCAGAAUUUUUUUAAACUUGGAAUUACAUCUGUGCUGUUACAGCACUGACUUUUGCAACAGACUGAUUUGUAAUUGCUUACAUUUUUGCAAUAAAAUAAUCUAUAUGUAAGAAUA